CUAUUUUUGCUUAAUUUUACGCCCUCCCAAUCAUUCUCAUUCACCCCUUUUCAACGCUUCAAGUUCAAAAUGGACAAUCUCGAAAACGACAUUCUCGAGCUCUUCGAGGAUGACAACACGGGCUCCGCCACGACGCGCAGCCGCACAGAGACGCGCAACAAAACGCACAAGCGGCGGCGCGCGCCCACCAACCGCCGCUCCUCGUACUCUGGCACAACGUCCGACUCCUCCGUAGACAUGGACACAGACGACACCGGAGUAGUCUCGGACACCGACGCCCUGGACGACUGGGCAGACGACCUAAUGGGCGACCAAAAGGACCGCCGGUGGCUCGCAUCCCUCAACGAAGUCGAGCGCGAGCGCAUUCUGGCCGAGCGGCAGGAGCGGCGCGAUGUUCUGAAUGAGCAGAGGGAGCUGCGGGCGAAGCUCAAGGCGGGGGUGCGCGUGAGCGACCGGAAGAAGCCCGCCGGUGCGUUUUCGGACCUGAAGCGCGCGCGCGAGCACCGCCGCCGCGGGGGCAGUUCCGAGCGCCGGUGGUCGUCCGGAAGCGACGAGGAGGAGGCGGCGGAGGCGGCGGCAUUGGAUGAGAUCAAUAGCAUCUGCAUGACGCGCAACCAGCUGGAGCAAUGGCUCUUCCGGCCGUUCCUCAAAGAGGCAAUCACCGGAGGCUUCGUGCGCAUUGUCACGCGUACGCGCGAUAGCUCGGGCGAGUACAACCAGUACAAGAUGAUGCAGAUCAUCGACGUGGUGCAGGCAGAGGGCCGCGAGCAGCCGCCGUACCACUUGAAUAAGACGCUGACAGACACAUACCUGACGCUGCGCUUUGGCGCCACAGACAAGGACUACUCGAUGGAAACAAUCUCCAACAGCCCGAUCAAGCCUGAGGAGCUGCACGCCUGGGACGUGGCCUUGCGCAGCACCCGUGUGCGCGCGCAAAUCACACCCGAGGCAGUCCGGCGCAAGCUCGCGGACCUGGCGCGCGCCCGCGAGUACAAGCUCACCGAGGCCGAAAUCACGCACAUGGUCAAUGAGCGUGCGCGGCUGCGGCGCAUCGAGUCCGGCGGCGCCCUGGUCAAUGUGUCUCUGGAGCGCACCCGGCUGAUCCAGCAGAUCACGGAUGCACGCAAUGGCGAGGACUGGGGGCUGCUGAAGGCGCUGGAGGCCAGGCUGGUGGAUGUCGAGAAGGUGUCGGCGCAGCGCGGAGAGGGCGCGGGGUCGAUUAUGGCAUCGGCACAGAAGCCGCUGCUGGCACCGGGCGCCACCAAGCAUGCGGCUGGAGAGACGAGGGGCGCCAUGGCUGCUGGCCGCAAGGCCACCUUGGCCCCAGUGGCUGCGGGGUCGUUCCGCAUUGUGCCGCAGAUGAAGGGCCCGGAGCUGGUGCUUAAGCCCAAGCCGACGCCUGGGUAUGCCGAGAUCAUGGCGGAUGUUGGUGGAUACGACAUGUCCUUCAUCGAGAGCUGAGCGGGGAGAGGGGCUUUUAACCUGCCGGCUGGGAGAGAAAUGGGCCCUUUGCUGCAGACCCAUAGGUCCCUGCCGCCAGCCUGCAGGUGCUGCGCCCAGGCUGCCCUUGGCCCAUUUAGCCCAUUUGGCCCUAUUUCAUUCCACUUCAUUUGGUACGCGUCCGGUGUUUUCUACUUUUUCAUUUGAUUCAUUCCAAAAUAACAUUCGAGCUU